UUUUUUUUAUACUUUCAAUUCAACUUGUCUUUUUUUUUUCCGUUGCUGUUCUUUCUUCAUUCGUUCUUUGUCUGAACCUUUUUCUUCAUCAUGGGUCAAGACUUGUUUGACGUGCCAAUUUUCUUCAUCAUUUUCCGUGAAACAUGUGAAGCUGCCAUCAUCGUGUCCGUGUUGCUGUCAUUCUUGCAAAAGAUGUUUGAAACCAGCUCGCCUAUCUAUAAGCGUCUCCGCAACCAAGUCUGGAUCGGCUCAGCGGUAGGACUCUUCAUCUGCCUUUGCAUUGGUGCGGCUUUCAUUGCUGUCUGGUACACGGUUAUUCGCGACGUGUGGGGUGAAUCCGAAGAUCUUUGGGAAGGUAUCUUUUCCCUCGUCGCUACCAUCAUGAUCACUGCUAUGGGCAUCGCCAUGCUGAAAACCGAACGAAUGCAAGAAAAGUGGAAGGUCAAAUUGGCCAAAGCCAUGGAAAAAGACAGUAAAGAAAAGUCAUCGUGGAAGCUCAAGAUGCAACGCUAUGCUUUCUUCAUUCUUCCCUUUAUGACCGUUCUCAGAGAAGGUUUGGAAGCUGUCGUCUUUGUUGGUGGUGUAUCACUUAACGUUCAAGCCAAAGCCAUUCCCAUCCCUGUUAUUAUGGGUCUCAUCUGUGGUGCUCUUGUGGGUUACAUCCUUUACCGUGGUGGUUCCAUGCUCAGAUUACGUUGGUUCUUCAUUAUUUCCACGGUCAUCUUGUACCUUGUGGCUGCUGGUCUGAUGGCCAAAGCCGUUGGUUUCUUUGAACAGUACGAAUGGAACAAGGUCAUUGGCGGUGAAGCCGCAGAAGAAGGUGGCGACGUCAUUCCUUACAAGGUCACCACAGCUGUUUGGCAUGUGUCCUGGGGUAACCCUGAAGAAAAGACAAGUGCCACCGGUGGAUAUCAAGUGUUCAACUCCAUUUUGGGUUGGAACAACACUGCCACAAUUGGUACUAUUAUCAGUUAUUGUCUUUAUUGGCUUUUUGUUGCUUUGUCACUCGUCUACAUUUAUUUCAAGGACCAGCGCGCUGCCAUCCGUCGAGCCGAAGCCGGUGAAUGGGACGACGGUGAUGCUGCACUUGAAAAUGCCAAGAACUACGUUGACAGCCAGGGUGCUAUUCAAGUCAACCGCGAGGGCGAUAAGAAGGAAGAAGUUAUAGACGAAGUUAUGAAUAUCAAAGCUUAAUUACAAUAAUAACUAGCAUACUACUUGUGUUGAGAAAUUUUAUCCCAAUACACUAAAAAUAAAAUUACAC